AUGGCACAGGCCUACCCAGAGGUUAUCCCCGGCACCGUCCACCUUGUUGACUCUGACCUUGGCGAUGGCAACGACAUUGAGCUUAUCCCACGUCCCAGCGAUGACCCCGAAGACCCGCUCAAUUGGAGCAAACGUCGCAAAUACCUCUCAGCAACAAUGGUCCUCGUCUAUACACUCGGUGUUGGACUUCCUGUUACUUUGCAGUACUCCGUCCUAGCAGACAUCACCCAAGACACCGGUAUUUCUACAGCCGACUUGGUACAAGGCACAGGCGUAAUGUUUCUCCUUCUUGGUUGGGGUUGUCUUUUUUGGCAACCUAUCGCCCUAACCUAUGGUAGACGUGGUGUUUAUCUCAUUUCUACCAUUAUUACCGUUCCUCUGAUGGUGUGGACUUCAUAUUCACGAUCAGCUGGGGAAUGGUACGCUCAUCGUAUCCUUCUCGGAUUCUUCGUGUCGCCUAUCGAGUCACUACCUGAAGUCAGCAUACCCGACAUCUUCUUUGCGCAUGAAAGAGGAACGUGGAUGAGUUUAUACGUCUUCACUCUAUUUGGCUCUAACUUCCUUGCUCCCUUGGUUGCAGGUUUCUUUGCCGAUGCCUACGGUUGGCGAUGGACAAUGCAUUUCGGGGCAAUCUUUGCUGCUUUUUCCUUUCUCAUUCUUUUCCUCUUCAUGGAAGAGACUAUCUACUUCCGUCCAACAUUUGAGGGUCUUGAGGAUCAAGUUCAGCCAACAAAGGGUGAGGGAGAAGAUGGAGGGGAAUCCGGAAACCUUCAACGAGCACCUACUGCCAAUGAUAAGAAAAUUACUACCACCAUCGGCAACGACCAGGAGGAGGGGACUGUACACCCUAAGAAGAGUCUCACCGCUCACCUUGUGCUCUUUGUCAAGAAAGAUGGCAGACCAAACAAGAAGAAUAUGUUUAAGUCCAUGUUGGCACCGCUUCCGCUCAUGGUUCUGUUCCCAAACGUCGCCUGGGCCGGUUUUAUAUACGGCAUUAACUUAUGUUGGUACAAUGUUUUGAACGCCACUACGAGUCCGAUCCUUAGCACAUCGCCUUACAAUUGGUCCACCAGCAUGGUAGGCUUGAUGUAUGUUGGGCCCAUCAUUGGCGCUGCCUUGGGCUGUUUGUGGUCUGGAAUUGUCGCCGAUCGCAUCGCUCUGUCACUGGCUCGUCGCAACAAUGGUAUAAGAGAGCCUGAGCACAGACUUUGGCCAUUGGCGUUAUCUGCCCUGUUGUCUUGUGUCGGCCUUAUAGUCUGGGGCGUCGGUGCUGACAAGCAUAUUCCCUGGAUUGGAUUGGCAAUUGGCCUGGUGGUCCUCACGUUCAGCUGUGUUACAGGCGGAUCAAUAGCUCUGUCUUAUAACGUCGACUGUUUCAAGGAUAUCAGCGGUGAUACCACUACGUCUAUCAUCAUCAUCCGCAAUACAUUGGGGUUCGCUAUUUCGUAUGGUAUCACUCCUUGGUAUGUUAACAUGGGUCUGCAGGACUGCUUCAUCAUGGCGGGACUUUUAUCUUUGGGAUGUACUAGUACCUUUCUGCUUAUGAUUUGGAAGGGCAAGAGUUUGCGUCGAAAGGCUGCGCCAAGGUACUGGCAGUAUGUUCAGAAUAUGGUAUAUCAAUAAGCAUAAUAGUGGAAGCUGCCGAGAAUAUGUCAGUAUCGCCGUAUAUUAUAAUCCAUUCAAGCGAG